AUGGAGAUGAUGAUCGAAAGCUACUUUAAUAUGCACUUCUACGGCUAUAAGCCGCAGUCAAGUGAAUCUGAAAGUGAAUCCAGUUCAGAGGAAGAAGUUGAGGAAGUUGAUAAUCGUGAAUUUCCGUUUGAUGACGACGUCUUUUAUAUCAAUCUCAAAGCACCAAGAGCAAAAACGGGAUGGGACAAUCUACCGAUGGAGAUUUUAAUUCAUAUCUUUGAAUUCAUAAGACCGAGCGAUCGCAAUUCGGCCGUCCUGACGUGUCGCCGUUGGUUCGAAGCCAUGCGACAUCCGACGUUCCUUAACGCCACCUGCUUUCACUUCGAACGAAUCGAAGUAAACGACGACCAAUCACCGAUUCAGGUCUUUCUGGACAGUUUCCGUUACUUUACAAACAUCAAACUGACCAAGGUGCGAUUCAGCGGUGAAACCGACUUCUGGAAUUACUUUGGAGAACACAUACGGGAGAUAACGUUCGAUAAUUGUGCACUGAACAAAGAGAAACUAGACAACAUCCUAGGCACGAUGCCAAAUCUAGAACGAUUAAAUAUAGUCGACUGCGAUGACCUGUUCAAAGGUUGGCAUCCCACGGGUGUGGGAAACGUUUCUGUAAUCUGCUAUCAACUCACUCAUCUAGGACUGCGAAAAAUCAAUGCUGUCGAUGAAAGUCACCUGUAUUACCUGGUCGAGAUGGCUCCCAACAUAUCCUCGCUGGAAAUCUCAAAAUGUCUCAAAGAACUAGAAGCCACCAAGCGGGUGGAGAUUCUAACCCACGUUCUCCGCAUCCUGAAACUGCACAGACAUCAGAUGAAAUCGGUCAACUUCAGCUACACCAUGUACGAUGAUCUGUUCCUCAAGCAGUUUGCCGAGAUCGAAAACAUGUCCCUCAGCAACAUCAGUCUGUCUUUCUUCGAAAGAGCCCCCAUCAAAGACCCUGGCAUAAUCGAUAUCCUACAGAAACACACCCAUCUCGUCCAUCUGGAUCUAACAUCCUUUCUCAAUCUAACGGAUUUUGCACUCAUCGCAAUUGCCCAUUCGAUGCCGCUGCUAAAAACACUGAAACUAAACGGAUGUUGGCUGCUGACCGAUUUUGGGAUAGCGGAAAUUCAGAAGCUGCGCAAACUAACCGUGCUAGACCUAUCGGACUGCGAUCGCGUGACGGACGAUGGCUUUUUGAAGGCAAUUGUAGAACAGAAAAGAAUCAACAUGAGGGAACUGUAUUUGAGUAUGCUACCGGGAAUCACGGAAAGUGUUAUACUGAAGAUCUGUCUUGCAUUGAACAACCUCACCGUGCUGGAUCUAUGUGGAUCGGAUUGCAUUAACGAUACUUCCAUACAGUACGUUUUUUGCUAUUUGAGUCGUAUGCAGGUCCUGCGCUUAAACGGAUGUGUUAAGAUAUCGGAUGCUGGACUUACUGGUGUCGAGUUACAGCGCGCGGCGAUCGAAAUAUGGGAGAGUCAGCAAACAUUCUCAAUCGAUAUGCUACGUGGCUUGCAAGAAUUGCAAAUUUCUGGCUGCUUCAAAGUAACGGAUUUUGCUCUUAAACAAUCGUUCCAAUUACUCGAGCUGAGGGAAGUAAAUUUGUCCCAUUGUGUUCAUAUUACAGAGGAGGGUAUUGAAAGCAUGGUUAAAAACUGUCCCUCACUGGAAUCGAUAGAUCUGAGCGAUUGCUAUCAUAUCAACGACACCUGUAUCGAUUUAAUCUGCAAGCACUUACCUAGGAUAAGCGUAUUGAAGUUGGUUCGACUGCCAUUGCUAACGAUCGACAGCAUCAAUUCGAUCCUUGCCAACUGCAAGAUGUUGAAAAACAUCAAUCUUCGUGGAUGCAGCAAACUACCGCGUGAUGCAAUCGAUCUUCUGCGCAAACUGCAUACCUUGCGAAAUUGGCCCAAGUACUAG